UCCUCCCUGGUCCCCACGGUAGUUUUAGUUCCUUGUCUAGAACGCCAGUCCCCGGCGCUCGGAAUGUUCCCAGAACUCAAUAACCUUCUCAAUACCACGCCUGACAAAGUGGAGCAGGGGACACUGACUCUACUCUGUGACGCUAAGACAGAUGGCAGUUUCCUUGUGCACCACUUUCUCUCCUUCUACCUCAAAGCUAAUUGUAAGGUCUGUUUUUUGGCGCUUGUCCAGUCCUUCAGUCACUACAAUAUAGUGGGACAGAAGUUGGGUGUCAGCUUGACCUCGGCACAGGAGCGCGGGCAGCUCGUGUUCCUUGAGGGUCUCAAGUCAUCGGUGGACAUCUUCUUCCGGGCUGAAGAGGAGCCACACCCGCUGCGCUUCCUCAGGGAGACCGAUGCCAGCAGCCUGCAGCCACUGUUUGAGUUUGUGCGGGAGGCCCUGACGCCCAUAGGCCAUGGGGAAGCUGCCUGGAGGUGCCCGGUGCUGCUGGUGGACGACCUCAGCGUGCUGCUGAGCCUGGGCGCAGGGGCGGUGGCCGUGCUGGACUUCAUCCACUACUGCCGAGCCACUGUGUGCUGCGCCCUGCAGGGAAACAUAGUGGCGCUUGUGCACGACAGUGGAGAUGCCGAGGAUGAGGAGAAUGACAUCCUGUUGAAUGGCCUGAGUCACCAGAGCCACCUGAUCCUGCGUGCUGAGGGCCUGGCCACCGGCUUCUGCAGGGACGUGCAUGGGCAGCUGAGGAUCCUGUGGCGGAGACCGUCGGAGCCCGCCACCAAGCGGGACCGGAGCCUCACUUACCAGUACAAGAUACAGGACAAGAACGUGUCCUUUUUCGCCAAAGGAAUGUCUCCCGCAGUCCUGUGACCUGACCGAGGGGCAGACAAAGCUCCCGUGGGCUGUGCCGGACGUGGAGGAUGAAGCAGCCGAGCAGGGAUGUGUCUUCACACCUCUGUAGCUGCAUUUCAGGCUGGACUGUGACCCAGCGAUGGCUGGGCAGUGCUGUGACGUGUGCCUGUGUCCCAGGCCUCGUUCAGAAAACACACAAGAAAUCUGCCACCCCGCCUCUGCUGAGUGAGGCAUUGGAUCGGGUGAAAGGGGUCCUUUGGAGCCUUCCCUGUAAACACGCUUGAGCCCAACUGCCCAUUGCUGGUGGCUGUGCCUUAGAGUUGUGCUGGGUAUGAGUGGGCCAGCCAGGGCACAGUCCUGGGCGGCAGGCGUUGGAGGGGACAGGUUGGGUCAUCAUGGGUGGUAUAAAGUGAGUUCCCACUUUGUUGCUUCCUGUGGAUUGUCUCACUUAAUUUUCACCUUUGUCUUGUGAUGGUAUUUCCUCCUCAGUCCAGUGAGGAAAGAGGCUGCGACAGGUGUGGACACGCAAGGCUGCGGGGCAGGAGCCUGGCUCUGACGUCCACGCCAGCGGGGUAGCGCUCAUGGAAACGGG